AUGCUCCAGUCAGCCACCGCCAAGGGAAUCAACUGCGAUGGCAGCGCCCUCUGCGGCGACCAAAAGGGCUUCCUCGACAAGGUUUCCGACUUCGUCACCGACAACAUCAACGGCGUUGACCCCAACUACCACUUCUCUAAUGGCGAGCGCAUUGCCUGUGCCGGCCACAUUUGUGCCUUCCUGCAAAAAACGUCUAAUGGUGCUUCGGGCCAAGAGGUCAGGGAGGCUAUCCUGAGGUUGAAGAACCACGGGUGCAAGGGCUGUGGCUCAGCUCCAUUCAUUGAUAAUGAUGUUGAUAAGGGAGAGCCUACUGCGAACUAUGUUACGAGCACUUGUGAUGAUGGCGUGUGCAACGGUGCCCUUAACCCCAAGAAAUGA